GAAUCGUGUUUAUUUUGUACAGAAAGAGCAACUUAUCCUAAUUUAGCUUCUUCUGCCCAUGUCGCGCUGGUUUUGUGUUUGAAAGCUUCUGGUUUGAAAGUAAUUUUCACUUAAAAUUUGAUCAUUAGGAAAUGAAGCUCAAUACUAAAGAAGAACCAUCUAACCAACCACAACAGGAGCAAUCGGACGACGAGGAGGAAGAAGAUGCGCACGAAACAUCAAGCAUAGGAAGCACUUGUACUGAUAACACCUCCAAUGGUAGCGAAAGCCACACAAACCGCAAGAAACGACGCCGACAAAGGAAAAAACUUCCAAAGGUAGUGAAACCUCUGUUCAAGUUUUCAUGCUACGUGAAAGAAGAUCACGGACAACCGUUGUUUGGAUGUCAAUUCAAUCAUAAUCUGAAGAAAGGCGAAUUGCCAGUGUUUGCGGCUGUCGGAAGUAAUCGGGUGACAAUUUACCAGUGCCAGGAAAAUGGAGACAUCAAGCUACUGCAGUGCUAUUCUGAUCCCGAUGUCGACGAAAUAUUCUAUACUUGUGCAUGGUCGCAUGAAAGUGAAACCGGCCGGCCGAUUCUUGCUGCAGCUGGUCUGCGUGGGGUAAUUCGGGUGUUCAGUCCCGCAACCCUGAACACCUACAAGCACUACAUUGGACACGGACAUGCUAUUAAUGAGGUUAAAUUUCAUCCCAGAGAAAACUAUCUCCUACUUUCAGCAAGCAAAGAUCAUUCGCUGCGUUUAUGGAACACAAAGACGGAUGUUUGCAUAGCUCUCUUUGGCGGAGUAGAAGGCCAUCGAGAUGAGGUGUUGAGUGCGGAUUUCGACAUUUUAGGCAACCGGAUUAUGUCCUGUGGGAUGGAUCAUUCGCUCAAGAUGUGGCGGUUGGACACGGACACCAUGAAGGAUGCUAUUCGGGGCAGCUUCACUUUCAAUGCUUCCAAGGCUGUGUAUCGAUUUCCGUCGGUCAACGAACAUUUUCCGGUGUUCUCGACUCGAGAUAUUCACCGCAAUUACGUCGACUGUGUCAGAUGGAUUGGCGAUUGUGUUUUGUCGAAAUCGUGUGAAAACUCUAUCGUGUGCUGGAAACCGGGCAAUAACGAACAUAAAAACAAUGAGACUUCCACUACCGUUCUGAGUACCCUCGAGUAUAAGGAAUGCGACAUCUGGUUCAUUCGGUUUUCGCUCGAUUACUGGCAAAAAUAUCUUGCACUGGGAAAUCAGAGCGGGAAGACGUACAUCUGGGAACUGGACACGGACGAUCCCGUACAUCCCCGAUGCAGCCAGUUGUUCCACCCGAAGUGUACGACUGCGAUCAGACAGACUUCGUUCUCCAGGACUGGCGAUAUUUUGAUAUGCGUGUGCGACGAUGGAACCGUAUGGCGAUGGGAUAAAGUGUCGCACAGUUGAAAAGAGGAGAUGUGUUUCACGUUCUGUCAUGUUUAUAUUUAUUUUAAUCAAUCAACAUUUUAUUAUACGUAGAUACCACAACUA